AUGGCAAGAAAUACAUGUGAUAGUGUUCGAAUUGUUCUGACUCCAAUCAAAAUAAUUCGUGAUUCAACUACUGGUCAAUGGUCAACACCACGAAAACGAAAAGAUUCGAUCCAAAAUGUCAAAUAUAAUCUACGUGUUCGAACACCAUCAACGCCUGUCGUUUCUUUGUCGUCACCAGCUCUAAAGAAAGAAGCAAGUCAUACACCAAGACCAUCAACACGAGCAUCACGCUUGAUUAGCUUCGAAAAAGAUAAAGACGAUUACAAACCCGAAAAGGAUUUUUCAAGUGAAGACGAUGAAGAUGACGAUGAUGAUGACGAUGACGACGAUGAUGACGAUGACGAAAGUUCGUCAAGUGACGACGAGAAAGUGGUAUCAAUCGAUACUAGCACGCGAAAAGUCAAUCUCUUGUCCAAAGGAACACCAAGUAUGAAGAAAGCCAAACCAAAAUUCUUACCACGAAUGAAUACGAUGACAUUAUCCGAUCUACAAACGGAUGAAGAUAGUUCAGUAUCAUUCGACAUUUCCAAUGAUGUUUUCGCACAAGCUCGACGAAAACUUUUACCAACCAAUUUACCAGAAGCGCCACCAUGUCGGGAACAAGAAUCCAAUGCGAUUUCAGCAUUUGUUACAAACAAACUCGACGCGCAAGCUGGAGGAGCUUUGUAUAUCAGCGGUGUUCCUGGUGUCGGAAAAACAGCUAUUGUAAAUAAAGUAGUACGCGAAUUAAUGUUACUCUCUACUGAUUCCGAUCUUCCACAAUUUAAAUAUAUAUUUUUGAAUGGAAUGAAAUUAAAUAAGCCCGAAAAGGUUUACAAUCAACUUCUUCAAGCUAUCAACAUGGAUGAACUCCAUCGUAAACGAAGUGCGAAAAUGGCAUGUAAACUUCUUUCGAAAUAUUUCACAGAUCGGUCGAACAAAAAGAAACAACCUAUUGUCCUAUUACUCGAUGAAGUUGAUUAUUUAUAUACAAAAAAUCAAACUAUUCUAUAUAAUAUGUUAGAAUGGCCGCAGCAACCCUAUUCGAAAUUGAUUGUUAUCGCUAUCGCGAAUACUUUGGACUUGCCUGAGACGAUGUUUAAAAAAAAACUUCAAUCGCGCUUGGGUUUAAAUCGUGUGAUAUUUCAUCCUUAUACAUUCAAACAACUGAAUGAAAUUGUUCAAGCACGAUUAGGUUCAGAUUUAUCUGCACUGUUCGACAAAGACGCGUUAGAUUUGAUAUGUCGUAAAGUUUCAUCCAUAUCGGGCGAUGUCCGACGGGUCUUACAAAUCUGUUCGCAAACGUUGGAUAUGGCUCAAUUGGGUAAAUCUUCUAAUAAAGUCACACUUGAGCAUGUACAAAAGACAUUUGAACGGCUGUACACAUCAACACGAACAAUAUUCAUUCGAAAUCUAAUUCCAAGUCAACGAAAAGUUCUCGAAGCAAUUCAAGAUGAACUAUCUUAUGGAAAAGGACGGGAAAUAACUACCAUUCAAGCGAUCUACGAUCGACUCGAUAAGAAAGAGUUCAGCUUUACAGAUAUUCGUCGUAUAUGUGCGCAAUUAUCAGCCUGUGGGUUAUUGCUAUUAGAUAAAUCAUCCAACAGUGUUGCUCGACAAAGUGUUCGAUUGAGCAUGCCUAUUCAUCUACUCAUAUUUGCACUUAAUAAUAAUAAUUAA